AUGGCUUCGCUGAACGAUAUCGAGGGACGACUGGCGCUGAUCACCGGUGCUUCGAGUGGGAUCGGUGCAGCGUGUGCUCACAAACUCGCUGCUCGGGGCGUCCAUCUGGCACUGACAUACUCUAAAAACGCGGAUGGGAUAGAUGCCAUUGUCAAGUCAAUCAGGGAAUCCCUAUCAUCGUCGACACUCCACAUAUCCAUCCACCAGGUCGACGUUGGCCAGUCUCAGCAAAUCGAUCGGCUAUUCCUCGAAGUCAGGGCUGAACAUAACGAGCGCGUACCGGACAUCCUGGUCUCGAACGCGGGAUACGGUGUAAAGAUACCUCAGAUAUGGGACAUCUCACUGGAAGAAUUCGAUUACACUCUUAACGUCAAUCUACGGGCUUCUUUCAUCUUAGUCAAAGGUGUGGUUGAGCAUAUGAAGGCGCAACGGUGGGGGAGGAUCGUGCUCAUGUCCUCGAUUUCAGCUUCUGGGGGAGGAAUUAAUGGGUGUCAUUACGCUGCCUCAAAGGGAGGCAUGACUGGUAUGAUGAAGAACCUAGCUACUCGGCUGGCAGAGUUUAAUAUCAGCGUAAACGACGUUGCUCCGGCUAUGAUUGGAGAAACCGGGAUGAUUCCAGAUGCUCGUGCGAUUCCAGAAGUUGCUGAAACUAUCCCGUUGGGCCGGCUGGGGACGCCAGACGAGGUUGCUAAUGUUGUAGAAAUGUGUGUGACGACCGGUUAUUUGACUGGACAGAGUAUCCUAAUAGCCGGAGGGCUCAAGUAG